AUGGUUUACGAGUGGAUGAAAGAUGUUAGUGUGGAUGUACCGAACAAAACACCAGAUAAACGACGCAAUACGCAACGCACUGAUAACAAAGUCAUUGCAGCCAAAGAAUUUCUGGGGAAACUACCAAACCUACCUUCUCAUUACUGUCGCGCAACAUCGAAUAAGAAAUAUCUUGAACCCAUUUUCACCACAUUCGCAGACUUAUAUCGAGUUUACAAACAGUAUUGUACAACUGAAGGAGUGGGCAUUGUUUGUAAGAAGGCCUUUAAGUCAUGUUUUGAUGAUUUGAAUCUGUCGCUUUCUCGUCCUAAGAAGGACCAGUGUGAUAUUUGCUGUGGAUUCGAAGCCGGAAAUAUCUCAGAGAUUGAUUAUAACAACCAUAUUAAUCUGAAAAAUGAGGCGAGGAUGAAAAUUCCAAUGACAAAGCACGAGCUGAAAAUGACAAUCGUAUUAAAGUCAUAA